ACUACUUUGGCUCAGCUGCUCAAUUCAGAGAAAACGAAACUUUUUUCAAACUCUCACGUCUUUCUCUCUGUAUGUAUAUUAGUGAAAUAUGGCAGAAGUGAAUAUACCUCAAGACAGGUUCAUGUGUUCAGUGUGUUUGGAUCUACUGAAGGAUCCAGUGACUAUUCCCUGCGGACACAGUUACUGUAUGAGCUGUAUUACAAACUGCUGGAAUCAGGAGGAUCAGAAGAGAAUCUACAGCUGUCCUCAAUGCAGACAAACCUUCACAUCAAGACCUGCUUUAAACAAAAAUGUGAUGAUCACUGAAAUGGUGGAAGAACUGAAGAAGACGAGACUUCAAAAUGCUGAUCAAUGUUACGCUGGACCUGAAGAUGUGAAGUGUGACGUCUGUACUGAGAGAAAAUACAAAGCUGUCAAGUCCUGUCUGGAGUGUCUGAACUCUUACUGUCAAAAUCAUCUUCAACAACAUGAACAAUUCUUUCAUGUGAACAAACACAAUCUGAUGGAUCCUACAAGACGACUCAAUGAGAUGAUCUGCUCAAAACAUAGAAAACAUCUUGAAAUCUACUGUCGCACUGACCAGAAGUGUAUUUGUUAUCCGUGUACGAUGGACGAACAUAAAGAUCAUGACACUGUAGCAGCUGUAACAGAAAGAACUGAGAAACAGAGAGUUUUGGGAGAGACACAGAGAAACUUGAAGCAGAGAAUCCAGGAGAGAGAGAAGAAGCUUCAGGAGCUCAGAGAGACUUUGAACUCUUACAAGCGCUCUGCACAGACAGCAGUGGAGUACAGUGAGAGAAUCUUUACUGAACUGAUCCGCUCCAUUGAGAGAAGACGCUCUGAGGUGACACAACUGAUCAGAGAUCAGGAAAAGACUGCAGUGAGUCGAGCUGAAGGAGUUUUGGAGCAACUGGAGCAGGAGAUUGAAGAUCUGAGGAGGAGAGACACUGAACUGGAGCAGCUUUUACACACAGACAAUCACAUUCAUUUCCUGAAGAGUUUUCAGUGUCUUUCUGCACCUCCUGAAUCUACAGUUUCACACAUUACUGUCAGUUCUCUCGUCUCUUUUGAUGAUGUGAGAAAAUCUGUCUAUCAGCUGAAAGAAAAAAUGGAGGAUUUCUGUAGAGAUGAAAGAGAGAAAAUAUCUGGUGGAGUUUCAUACAUCACAAUUGUUCCUGAUGAGCCCAUGAGGGAGGAGUUCUUACAAUUUUUGGGAGAGAAAAAGAGAAACUUCAAGCAGAGAAUCCAGGAGAGAGAGAAGAAGCAUCAGGAGCUCAGAGAGACUGUGAACUCUUACAAGCGCUCUGCACAGACAGCAGUGGAGGACAGUGAGAGAAUCUUUACUGAACUGAUCCGCUCCAUUGAGAGAAGACGCUCUGAGGUGACACAACUGAUCAGAGAUCAGAAAAAGACUGCAGUGAGUCAAGCUGAAGGAGUCUUGAAGUGUCUGGAGCAGGAGAUUGAAGAUCUGAGGAGGAGAGAAACUGAACUGGAGCAGCUUUUACACACAGACAAUCACAUUCAUUUCCUGAAGAGUUUUCAGUGUCUUUCUGCACCUCCUGAAUCUACAGUUUCACACAUUUCUGUCAGUUCUCUCGUCUCUUUUGAUGAUGUGAGAAAAUCUGUCUGUCAGCUGAAAGAAAAACUGGAAGAUUUCUGUAGAGAAGAAAUGGAGAAGAUAUCUGGUGGAGUUUCAUACAUCACAAUUGUUCCUGAUGAGCCCAAGAUGAUGGAGGAGUUUUUACAAUAUUUCAGGCUGUUCACACUGGAUUUAAACACAGUGAAUAAAUACAUCCGUCUGUCUAAUGAAAACACAACGGCUACUUACAUUGGAAAAGUCCAGCUGUAUCCUGAUCAUCCAGACAGAUUUGAUGAUUAUCUUCAGGUGUUGUGUAGAGAGAGUGUGUUUGGACGCUGUUACUGGGAAGUUGAGUGGAGUGGUGAUGUGGGUAUAUCAGUGUCAUAUAAGAGCAUCAGCAGGAGAGGACAGAAUAAUGAGUGUUUGUUUGGAUUUAAUGAUCAGUCCUGGAGUUUGUUCUGCUCUGACUCCACAUGCUCAUUCUGGCACAAUAACAAACACACUGAUCUCCCUGUAGUGUCCAGGUUCUGUAGAAUAGGAGUGUAUGUGGAUCACAGAGCAGGAAUUUUGUCCUUCUACAGCGUCUCUGACACAAUGACCCUCAUCCACAGAGUCCAAACCACAUUCACUCAUCCUCUCUAUCCUGGGUUUUAUGCUAGGAAAGGAUCCUAUGUAAAAAUGUUUAAAUUUUUAUGUCAUAUGGAGAUUUACAGUAUUUGGUUUGUCACAGAGAGUUUUGGGAGAGACACAGAGAAACUUGAAGCAGAGAAUCCAGGAGAGAGAAAAGAAGAUUCAGGAGCUCAGAAAGACUGUGAACUCUUACAAGAGAGAAUCUUUACUGAACUGAUCCGCUCCAUUGAGAGAAGACGCUCUGUGGUGACACAACUGAUCAGAGAUCAGGAAAAGACUGCAGUGAGUCAAGCUGAAGGAGUCUUGAAGUGUCUGGAGCAGGAGAUUAAAGAUCUGAGGAGGAGAGACACUGAACUGAAGCAGCUUUUACACACAGACAAUCACAUUCAUUUCCUGAAGAGUUUUCAGUGUCUUUCUGCACCUCCUGAAUCUACAGUUUCACACAUUUCUGUCAGUUCUCUCGUCUCUUUUGAUGAUGUGAGCAAAUCUGUCUGUCAGCUGAAAGAAAAACUGGAGUAUUUCUGUAGAGAUGAAAUAGAGAAGAUACCUGAUGGAGUUUCAUACAUCACAAUUGUUCCUGAUGAGCCCAUGAGGGAGGAGUUCUUACAAUAUUUCAGGCAGUUCACACUGGAUUUAAACACAGUGAAUAAAUACAUCCGUCUGUCUGAUGGAAACACAACAGCUACUAACACUGGAAAAGUCGCGCUGUAUCCUGAUCAUCCAGACAGAUUUGAUGGUUAUCUUCAGGUGUUGUGUAGAGAGAGUGUGUUUGGACGCUGUUACUGGGAGGUUGAGUGGAGUGGUGAUGUGAGUAUAUCAGUGUCAUAUAAGAGCAUCAGCAGGAGUGGACAGAAUAAUGAGUGUUUGUUUGGACGUAAUGAUCAUUCCUGGAGAUUGCUCUGCUCUGACUCCACAUGCUCAUUCUGGCACAAAAACAAACGCACUUAUUUCCCUGUAGUGUCGAGCUCCUGUAGAAUAGGAGUGUAUGUGGAUCACAGAGCAGGAAUUUUGUCCUUCUACAGCGUCUCUGACACAAUCACCCUCAUCCACAGAGUCAAAACCACAUUCACUCAUCCUCUCUAUCCUGGGUUUGCUGUUUGUGAUAAAUCCACAGUGAAAUUGUGUCGUCUCACAAAGUCAUAGAUUUUACAAGUAAAAAUGUUAAAUUCAGUGUUAUAGGAGUGAUUAGAUGAUAUAUAACAAUCUGAAAACAAACAAAACAAGAUGUAUUGCACAUGCACAUGAAAAGCAAAGUAUUUCAGAAUAAUUAAACACAUAAAGCUGAUUUACUUGCUCUUGAUGUUUACAUGUUGACAUUACCUUAAUGUUUGGUGAAUGAGUAACUUAUAGCAAACAAA